UUUGUUGUGGAGGGGAUUACAGAUCGGAUCACUGAUUAACCCAUCACCUUUCCAGAACAAUGAAUUAAAUUAACUGACUGGUAACCAUGGCAACAUCGUCUCUGCACAACAGUAUGAAUUCUCUACAGAACUCUCCAAGAUCAAUGAACUCUAGUCCAAGAUUACCUUGUGAUAGCAUUCGGACGAAUCAAUACCCGCUUCCGAGUAAAACGUUUGUCUCUCAGGAACAUUCGGAAAAUGUGUUGAAAUCGCUGAACUUGCUAAGGACUGAGAAGCUGCUCUGCGAUGGAACAAUCAUUGCUAAUGGGCGACACUACAUGGUGCACCGGUCAGUGCUGGCCUCGUGCAGCGAAUACUUUAAAACAAUUUUCACAACAGGGAAUCGUAUCCAUGAAAUCCUGCUCCAGGAGGUGUCCUCGGAAGGCCUGGAAGCAAUUUUAGAGUACUGUUACACGUCUGAGAUUACUCUAACUUUAGACAAUGUUGAGACCAUCCUCCAUGCCACAAUUCAUUUAAAUAUGAAACCAGUUACAGAGCUGUGCGUGCAGUAUCUACAAAUGGCUAUCACCACUGAAAAUGCAAUUGACAUUCUCUUGCUUGCGGACGCAAUCAAGUUUAAAAGUUUACUUAAAUUCGCUCAGGAAUAUGUAAUUGAUAACUUUGUUAGUGUUGCCGAGAGCAAGCAGUUUGAUGCGCUGACAGCUGAGCAAUUUACAUGGUUUCUCUCACAAGACCGUUUAGCCGUUCAAUCUGAGUUGCAACUAUUCAAAAUUGCUGCACGGUGGAUUCAAAAUGACGAGAAAGCGAGAUAUAGAUAUUCAGCUAAGAUAAUGAGAAAUGUUCGUUUCCCUCUUAUCACAUCUGGAGAUCUUGUAGAUCAUGUGCAGUCACACAAGUUUAUGAUGUCUGAUCCAGAUUGUCAUAAAUAUCUUAUUGAGGCCCUGAACUAUCACCUUGUUCCUCAUCGCCAGCACUCCAUGCAGUCUUCGCGCACAAAACUACGCUCCACAAAUGAUGUCAUUCUUGCAGUUGGUGGUGAGCGAGGAAACCACCAGGUAAGCAACUUAAUUUUGAUCUUUGACGAAUAUCACCGACUAUGGAAGCGUUUAUCAAUGAUGCCACUGAAACGUGUCGACCACUGUAUAGCGGUUUUGAACCAUUUCCUGUAUAUUAUAGGCGGUCAAGAGCUUAAACUCAAUGGAAAAGACAGUAUCGGUACAGUGCAUCGAUAUGACCCACGAUUCAAUACAUGGCUACAGAUCUGCCCAAUGCAACAGAGAAGAGCUUUCUUUGUCCUUGAAGCCGCAGGUGGAUCAUUGUUUGCGAUCGGUGGAAAGAAUGAACAUGGACCACUCGCAUCUGUGGAGUAUUACAGACCCGAGAUUAAUGAAUGGAGAUAUGUUGCUCCAUUAGAAAGUGCGAACUAUGCCCUUGCUGGCUGUGUUCAUGACCAGAAGGUGUAUAUAACCGGUGGAUUUACGAACCGUAUGUUUUCCAAUCAAUUACAAGUGUUUGAUAAAGAUGAAAAUCAGUGGGAUGUGCUAAGUCCGAUGCAAGUGCCACGUGGUUUCCACAUGAUGGUGUCUAUCAGAAGCCAGUUAUAUGUGAUGGGAGGUAAUCACGUUAAUGCAUACGGUGAUCGCGUUGAUGUAAUGAGCGUUGAGAGUUACAAUCCCGAAUCAAAUAACUGGACUAGCUUGUCGCCAAUGUUAACAGGGCUUAGUAUGUCUGGUGUCUCGGUACUCGAUAAUAAAUUGUACGUCAUUGGUGGGUACAAUGGCCUGAGUCGACAACGUGAACGAGACAUCCAGUGCUACAACUGUGACGACGAUGAAUGGGACGUUGUUGGUGAGCUUCCUGAACCUCUUCUACGUACCGCCUGCUGUACGUUAACCUUGCCGCAUCACGUCUUCAUGGGACAGAAAGAUUCCAAUUCUGUCAUGCCAAGACAUAAUUUGGGCUCGCAUCGGUCAAUACAAUCGCGGCCAAGUAUCAGUGGACAAAGCAUUACAACCAAUAUGUCAAGACAGAGUAGCAAAAGCAGCAAAAGAUAA